AUGGGCGUGUGCCUUUGUAAGGACAAGGUCGACGAAGGCUUCAUCGAUGAUAGCAGCCGGGAUUCGUACGCACCGAACGGCAGCGAUACGGGCCGACUGGCGGGUGGUGGUGGAAGCGGCGGUACCGGAAGUGGCGUUGUCGGUGGUUCGGGCGGACAGAAUGGACACCACCACAUCCGGCACUAUUCCCGGUCCGAUCGGCAGGUUUCACUCUCCGACACGGUGGACAUGCUGGUGAACGAAACGCUCGAAAUCAUCGGUUCGAUUGUGGACAAUGAACCGGAAACACCUAGCUCGAUGGUGAUGCUGCACGACAUAACGGACAAACCUUCCGGUUGGAUACAGCUGGUAAAAUCGUUAAUACGUGUCAUACCGCUCGACAACCCGAUGGGCCCAAGCGUCAUCACGCUGCUGCUGGACGACAGUCCGCUUCCGUCGAAAGAGUCCGUGCUAGAGGUGGCCGAUAUGAUAACACGUUCGAUUCGGCGCACACCGAAGCGUGAGCGUAACAUGUGCAUCAUUCUCGGCUUCCUUGCGGAACGACUUGCCGGUCCGUGCAGUAUAUCGGCCCUGUCGGAGGUAACGCUGGGAUAUUUGCUGGGAAAUUUGGACGAAGGAAUCCAUCCCGAUGUGAUGUUGUUCUCGCUGAUUGCGCUGGAGAAAUUUGCACAAACGAGUGAAAACAAGAGCACGAUAAGGCGAAAAUUAGCGCUCUAUCCGGACAAUCCUUUGUUGCGCCUCGAGAGACAUAUCGCGAGUACCGAUUACACCAUGCGUCAGGUCGGGUUUUGUGCUCAGUGGUGCUUAGACAACUAUUUCCUGAUCGAAGGUCGGCAAUACUCAUACGAGGUAGCGGAUGUUGGUAACGUAAAUGUGAUGCUCAACACGCGAGAUGUCAGCGAGUACCUGAAAAUAUCGGCCGAUGGACUGACGGCUCGGUGCGAUGCAUACUCGUUCGAGAGUGUCCGGUGUACCUAUCAGGUUAAUGCCGGUUGCUGGUACUAUGAGGUGCUGAUCAUGACACCGGGCGUCAUGCAGAUUGGCUGGGCGACGAAGGAUUCCAACUUUCUGAGCCACGAAGGUUACGGCAUCGGGGACGAUGCGUACUCGAUCGCGUUCGAUGGCUGCCGGAAGCUGAUCUGGCAUAAAGCGAAACCGAUGCAGCACAAUCUGAACGUAUGGUCCGGUGGUUCCAUACUGGGUUGCCUGCUGGAUCUUGAUGCACGGGAAGUGAUCUUCAGUUUGGACGGUGUCGAGUGUGAGGUGCUCCGGCAGCUGUUUGAAUCGGGCGGUGCAAUCGAUGGGUUUUUCGCUGCGGCCUCGUUCAUGUCGUUCCAGCAAUGUCGCUUCAACUUCGGCUCUACGCCGUUUGUCCAUCCGCCCAAAAACCGGACGUUUAUGAGCUUUAACGGUCAUGCCGUGUUAAGUGAGCAAGAUAAGAUUGUUCUACCGCGCCAUCUCUUCCUGGAACAACUACGCAAGUUGAGCGUGCGGGAAGAUUCCUGUACGCUUUGCUUCGAUAUGAAGGCAACGAUACGGAUCGAACCCUGUCAGCACCGAGGUUUCUGUACGAACUGUGCCGCAUUGCUGCAGUUCUGUCCGAUGUGCCGGGCAGAAAUCGUUGGCACGGUACAGGAGGAAUCGGCUCCAGAGGGCACAAGUCCGGGACAGUCGGAAGCUAACGAAGCAGGUGAUACAACAAACAGCACUAAACCAAACAGCAACCCCGAAGAACAACUACAAUAA